AUGUAUGAGAAGCUCCGGAGCUGUGGCUGGAGCCGCAGGAUGUCUCGGCAGGCAGGAGGUGCCGGGGCUGCAGCGCAGCGAAAGCCGGGGCAGAGCCGGAAAGCAGAGGGGGCGGGACAGCAGCACCAGGAUCCCAGCAGGGCAGAGAGGGGCGAGCCCAAGAUCCCGGGCACCCGAGCAGACGGGGAUAAGUCCCUCGUUUACAAUGUCCAGGGCCAGCUGAAUGGUUUUAAGUUCAGCAAAUUGGCUCGAUCCACCUUCUCCUUCAGAGUUGUAAGCCAUGGGAUGAUGAGGUAUGCAAGCACGAGCAGCAGCGGCUUCAAGCUUGAGCGGAAGGGCAAGGGCACGGGACAUGAAGGUAGCAUACCAAACUUCCAUUCUGGCCACUGUCCAGCCCACCCUGCUCCCCUCUGCCUGGCCCUUCCAUCAUUUCCCCUGGCUGGGAGCCCCCUCCUCUGGCUUGUCUACAGCCUGUACAGCAAAACCUCCCUGGUGGUGGCCUCGGCUCUGCUGGAGAACCACGGGGAGGGUAAGCCACAGGAGCCCUCCAACAUGGGGCCAUGCUGGGGGCUCCUCCUGCUCGCAGCAGCCCUGGGGACAACAGCUGCUGCCCGCUGCCCUACACCCUGUGUCUGCGACAACCUCCGUGCCCACGUCCUGUGUGUCAAUGGGAGCCUGACGGCCAUCCCUGACACCAUCCCAGAGCUCACAAAAAAACUAGAUCUUCGUGGCAACAGUUUCACUGUCAUCCCAGCGAGAGCCUUCCUUGCCACCCCCUACCUGACACACUUAGACCUCCAGCAUUGUAAGGUGGAGAGGCUGGAAGAAGGGGCUUUCCGGGGUCUGGGGAGGCUUGUCUACCUCAACCUGGCCUCCAAUGGCAUAGCCCUCCUCUACCAGGAGUCCCUGGAUGGGCUCUUCUCCCUCCAGCAGCUCAUUCUGGAGGGGAAUCGCAUUGAAGAGAUACAGCCUGGUGCUUUUGGCCAUCUGGGAUCCCUCACUGUCCUCGACCUGAGGGCAAAUGCUUUGGUCUACCUCCCAGACAUGGUCUUCCAGGGUCUACAGGUUCUUAGAUGGCUCCGGCUGUCGCACAAUGCCCUCCAUGUGCUGGGCAAUGAGGCCUUUGCUGCUCUGCCUGCCCUGCGCAGGCUGAGCCUGGACCACAAUGAGCUGCAGACACUGCCUGGCGAGGCUCUGGCCAGGCUGGAUGGGGCUACCUGGCUAGACCUGGGCCACAACCCCAUCACCUAUGUGGCCGAAGAAGCCCUGGCCAUGGCCUCCCUGAGGCACCUCUUCCUGGAUCAUGCCUCCCUCCAGGAUGUGGCACAGGAUGCUUUUGCCCGCAGUCCCCAGCUCCGUAUGCUGGACCUCCGGGAAAACCAGCUGCAGGGGAUGCCACCCCUGGCUGGGGCGGGGGGGCUGGUAAGGGUCAGCCUGGAUGGGAACCCUCUGCUCUGCUCCUGCCUCCUGCGCCCCUUCCACAGGUGGCUGGCAAGGGCACGGGUGCAGGCCGAGGGUGCUUGUGCUGCACCCCCUGCCCUCCGUGGCCGGUCCCUCAACUCCCUGAAGUCCCCUGAGAUGAGAUGCAGUCGCCUCCGGCCACCCCCUAGCCCCGCUGCACCGCCAGAACAGCCAAGGGCAGGCAGCAGCAGGCAGUGCCCCCGGGGGUGUGUCUGCUCUCCCGACUUCCAUCAUGGGUCCUGUGAGAACAGGGACCUGCGGGAGAUUCCUCGGGACUUCCCUGAGGACACCCGCCUUCUCGACCUGCGCCGAAACCACUUCAGGACAGUGCCACCAGAUGCCUUCCUCGGCCUGAAGGAGCUGGUGUCACUCCACCUGCAGAGGUGCAGCAUCAGGGCAUUGCACCCCGGGGCACUCCGCGGGCUGGAGAGCCUGGUCUACCUGUACCUCACCAACAACCACCUCUCCACCCUGGCAGCUGCUGCCUUUGAGGGGGCCCCGCAGCUGGCCUACCUCGACCUGGACCAUAAUGCCUUCACCCAUGUGCCUGCAGGCACCUUCCGGCUCCUGCCCAACCUCAUCUCCCUCCAUCUGCAGCACAACGCCAUCGGGGAACUGGCAGAGGGCGACCUGGCUGGAGCCAGGGGGCUCCGCUGGCUCUACCUAGCUGGGAAUGCCAUCAGGCACAUUGCCCCUGCUGCCUUGGCUCCCACCAAGAUGCUGGAAAAGCUGGAGCUGGAGGGAAACCACCUGUCAGAGGUGCCCACAGCAGCCCUGCAGGGCCUGCCUGCCCUGAGUGAGUUGAAGCUGUCCCGAAACCCCAUCAAGCACAUGGGGGAUGGUGUUUUCCUGCCGGUGGCCUCCAGCCUGCAGCACCUCUACCUGGACAACAUGGGCCUGGAGUGGAUUUCCCCCCAUGCCUUCACUGGUCUUGGUCCCAAGAUCAGAAGCCUCUACCUGGAGAGCAAUAAAAUGAGUAACAUACCCGACAUGAGCAACUUCACGGGGCUGGAGAUCCUCAACCUGCAGGAUGUGCCUUUCCACUGUGACUGCCAGCUCCUUCCUCUGCAUAGGUGGAUCAACAAACUCAACCUUCGCAUAGGGGCCACCUGUGGGUCCCCUGCAGAAGCCCAGGGACUGAAGGUGAAGCUUUCCACCACUUUCCAAACUUGUCCUGGCUGGGGACACGGCGAGGCUGGGGAAAACAAUCCUAACAAGACUAAGGCUGCAAGCAAGCCCAGCAAGAAAAAGAGGUCGGGAAAACCUCCAGCCAGAGGCUUCAGUAAGAGCAGAGCAUAGGGUUUCUUAAGGUGUGUAGGACAUGUGCUGGGCCAUAUCUACAGUCUGGCUAGAGCAGUUUUUCUAGACUUGUCCCCACCCUGGGGACAUGAGUAUAGCCCAAGGUGCAAAGGAGAGCC